GAUUGAAUAGUAGAAGAAGCAGUCCCGGUUCAACAGCUAUAUAAGGAAGCUUGGGGAAAACAAUAGCUUAUCUUUGCGUUAAGUUUUUCCAGUUAUUAAAUGGCAUUUAACGCAGGGAAACAUUCUGCAAUGAGGUGGACUGGAGAAGAAUGCGCGAUGGAGAGAGCACUUUCCAGCUGCAGGGCGUGUCCUGGAAAAGACAGCAUCCUUUCUUUUUUUUAUGUCCCAGCCAGUUUCUGUCCAUAUUUGAACAUGAUAUCAGGGUCAUUGCAUGAAACCUCCAAUCUGGAGCGAGGCGGCAACAACAGGAAGAAGAAGAUAGAGGAAUUCUCUAGGUCUUCUCGGGAGAAACUGGUCCAGUCGAAGAACAAGAUGUUCUCCAAAUUUACGUCCAUUCUCCAGCACGCUGUAGAAGCGCUUGCACCGUCUCUACCCUUGCAAGAAGACUUUGUCUAUCACUGGAAGGGCAUUACACAUUAUUACAUUGAAACUUCUGAUGACAAAGCUCCAGUCACAGACACCAACAUCCCAUCCCACCUGGAGCAGAUGCUGGACAUUCUGACCCAGGAGGAGGCAGAAAGGGAGUCUGGUGAGACGGGACCCUGCAUGGAGUACCUCCUGCACCACAAGAUCCUGGAGACCCUCUACACGUUGGGCAAAGCAGAUUGUCCUCCUGGGAUGAAACAGCAAGUCCUCACCUUUUACACAAAGCUGCUCGCUCACAUUCGUCAGCCGCUUCUGCCACACAUCAACGUCCACCGACCUGUACAGAAACUGAUCCGGCUGUGUGGUGAGGUUCUGGCUGCACCUACAGAAAACGAGGAGAUCCAGUUUCUUUGCAUCGUCUGUGCCAAACUAAAGCAGGACCCGUACCUUGUCAACUUCUUCCUUGAGAACAAAUCAAAGAGACCAGAGGUAAAGAGUCCUGCUGCAGCAGAGGGGGGGAAGGACGGUGUUCUGGCUCCAGACACGGGCCAAUCUCAGGCAGAUCAUCCUGGAGAGCCUCAAGCCGCAGCUGCUGCUGCUGCCACUUCCAGACCAGCUGCUAACAAUAACAACACCAACAACUACAAUCUGGUCACCUCGCUGCUUAACCUCACAAAGAGUCCAGAUGGCAGGAUCGUGGUGAAAGCAUGUGAGGGCUUGAUGCUCCUCGUUAGUCUGCCUGAGCCGGCUGCGGCCAAGUGUCUAACAGAAAACACGGAGCUGUGUGAGCUUCUCACCGACAGGCUGGUCUCGUUUUAUAAAGCUCUGCCGCCGUCCAUGGACCCCCUGGACAUCGAGACAGUGGAGUCAGUCAACUGGGGUCUAGAUGUAUACAACCUGAAAGAGGACGCUGCUGUCUUCACAGGGAAGAGAGCUCUGAUUUCAUUCCUGUCGUGGCUCGAUUAUUGCGAUCAGCUCAUCAAAGAGGCGCAGAAGUCGGCCGCUGCAGUGAUGGCGAAGGCUGUGAGAGAAAGAUUCUUUGUGUCCGUGAUGGAACCGCAGCUCAUGCAGACGUCCGAGGUGGGAAUUCUGACCUCCACGGCGCUGCUGAACCGCAUCAUAAGGCAGGUGACGUCCGAAGCGCUGCUGCAGGAGAUUGUCUACUUUCUGCUGGGAGAGGACAAAGAGGCAGAAACUCUGGCUACCGUCGCUCAGAAUCCACUCAGACACAGACUCAUCGAGCACUGUGACCAUCUGUCAGAUGAGAUCAGCAUCAUGACGCUGCGGUUGUUCGAGCAGCUGAUCCAGAAGCCCGACCAGCACAUCCUGCACAGCUUGGUGCUGCGCGGCCUGGAGGAGAGGAACUACCUGGAGAACAAACCGCAGGAGGAGCGGGAGCCCCUGGAGAACGGGCAGCCCCAUGACGCUGUGGACCUGGAGGAGGAUCCGCUGUUUGGAGACGACCUUUCCCCGGACAGCAGGCUGUCUGGCUCCGACUGGCUCGGCUCCUCACCACAACACAGCCCCGAUCACUCAAAGUCUGACGGGAAAACCGAGGUCCACAAGAUCGUCAAUAGCUUCCUGUGUUUGGUGCCGGAUGAGGCCAAGUCAUCGUAUCACGUCGAAGGCACCGGCUACGACACCUACCUCAGAGACGCUCACAGACAGUUCAGGGACUUCUGUGGCGUCUGCCAGCGGUGGGACUGGAGAGGAAGUCCGAAGCCUCUGGAGAAAUGCAACUUGGACAUGCCGUUCUUUGAAGGUCACUUCCUAAAGGUUCUGUUUGACAGAAUGGGUCGCAUCCUUGAUCAACCUUAUGACGUCAACCUGCAGGUGACUGCCGUUCUCUCCAAGCUGUCCUUGCUGCCCCACCCUCAUCUACAUGAAUACUUGCUGGACCCUUACAUCAGCCUGGCCCCCGGCUGCAGGUCCCUGUUCUCCGUCAUCGUCAGGGUGGUUGGAGAUUUAAUGCUGAGGAUUCACCGCAUCCCAGACUUCACUCCCAAACUGCUGCUUGUGAGGAAGAGACUACUGGGCUUGGAGCCAGAGGGAGUCACCGUGGACCACAGUACGCUGCUGGAAGGUGUCAUCGUGCUUGAGGAGUUCUGCAAAGAGCUGGCAGCCAUCGCCUUCGUCAAAUAUCACGCAGCGGCUUCGUCCUCGCCGUAACCGUCCUGCUGCUCCACCAUCUGCCUCUUCCAGGCGGACGGGUCAGGACGAGCCGGGGCCUCCCCCGGGCGCCGGCGGCACGGGGUCGGCAGAAAAUUACCACUGACUGGUUUCACCUGCAAGACUGUUAGGAGCCCAGGUGGACGGGCUUCACCAUCCCCCUUCCUCUGACCUCUGAGCAGGUCGGAGCGCAGACACUGCCCAGCCAGAGGACGAGACGGAGGACAGGGAUGUUGAUGGAGGUGCACAGACAUGUCCACUGGACUCUUGUUUUUGUUGUUUUGUUUUUCCGACCUGUGCAGUUUCUCACUGCCCUUCUCUCCUCCAUCCUGUCUUCUACCUUUGGAAUGAGUGUGGAGUUUUAAUAUCGAGGAGUAAAUGUGUGUAUUUAUGUUUCAUCGCCUUAGUGUGGAGUCACACCUUUCAGUUACAGCGAAGUGUUUCUGUGUGGAACAUUUUAUCUUUAAUCCCCGUUGUGUUGUCUGUUCGGAGAGAGAGAGGUUCCUGCACAAUCCGGAAAAGUUUCCAGGAUCAGAAAACUACAGAAAAACAAAAUAAGAGUAUGGAAAUAAUUUAUUCUUCAUCCAGUUGUCUAAAUUUUUCUUUUCUGUAAUUUUUCCUUCCCUUCUGUAUAUCCAGUCGAUGGUUGUGUUAUUUCCUUUCCUUUCUUCUGUCCCUCUUGUCAUUCCUUCCUUUCAUCUUUGAAAAUUAAGACGGGAAAACUCUGAAUUUUGAGUUCAGUGUUUUCCAGAAUCAUAAAAUUAUGGAAAAACAAAAGUGAAUAAUAUGGAGACAUAUUUAUAUUCAUUUCCUGUCCAAUUGUCUAAAUUUCUUCCUUUAUUUCUGAGAAACACCAUGGUGCUCUCCUUCUUCCCCCCUUGUCUUUCUUUUCUUCUGUCCUUCCUGUUUCCUUCAUUUUCUUUCUUAUAAAGACGUCUUACGUUUUUCUGAAUAUUGUGCAGGAACCAAGAGAAAAGCUGUAGAGGGGAAAAUCCCCUCACCAUCAACCCUUACACAUAUCUGUAGUUACAUCCAUAGUGACGUACUGCACUCAUUUUAAAUGCCAAGUCAUCUUAUUUAUUUCUUGAUUUGCUUCCAUGUUGCCUUUUUUAUCGAAUGUUUUGUUGAAAUUAAGACUUUAGUUUGUUUUGGUGUCUUUCCUGGGUUUGGCUUUAAGCGCAUCACCGCCCAAAGAUGUGACCCUCCAUCACGUCGUGUCGAGCGAAAACGGGGAAAAUUGCAGAAAAUGAGAAUUUGCACACGGAUCUCGACCUCGCUGGUUACAUCACUGAAGGUUAGGACGAGGCUUCAGGAACUCACCGGGCCGAGUGUUCAUCGUUUUACUCAUCAGUGUUCAUAUCUAGUCAUCUCUGUAGACAGUAGGCAUGGGCCGCUUUGAGAUUCUCAUUGUGUGGUUACAUCGAGUGAAGAUUUCUUUGAUUUACUUGGAAAAAUGCCAACAUUAUGUCAGUUUAAAAGAAUAAUUUAUUAUGUUGACUUUGAUGCACAGAUGAAAUGAAUAUACAACUCUUUAACUUAGUUGUUGGUUUCUAGUUCUCAUUCAGGAAAUAACUUUUUUGUUUCACUGGUCGUGAAAAGUUAGAACUUGUGGAAAAAAAUAUUUUAAUUUCCAGGUUGUUAAACCUGGUGCCCAGCAGAUUACCUCCUCAGAAGUUCGCACCCAUUUUGUUCACGGUUACCAUAGCGACAGCUGCUUCUCCAUACAACUUUUGAGUUCAGCUUUUUUGCCGCAAAGCCUUCAGUGCCUGCAUGCUCAUGUAGUUGGAUAAAUGCUGAGUAGGAAAAGAAGCAGAUGGCUGUCCGUCCUUGUCUUUUAAAAACACUUUGGAUGUACAUUUUUGUAGAAUCUUAUUUAUGCAACAAACAAAAAAAAAGAAUUCAGAAAGAAAUUUUUGAAAUACAGAAAAGUGUAAAAUCUAAAAUUGGGAUCAUAACAAACUUCAGCCUGGAAACAUCUUAAUAUGAGCAACAGAUACAUAUUUUCUUACUACCAGAAAUAUUUCUAAACAGCCAAAUUUUUCCACUUGAAGUUGGUGUAGCAACCUCCUUUUCAGGCAGCUGACUUGCAGUGUGCAGCGCUUUUUAAAGUGAUUAUACUUUAUUAAGUGCAGAGGAUGGCGGUCGUCAAAAACAGCUGUCCAUAAAAGCUGAUUUUGUCAUUCCAGUAGAAAAGUGUACCAACCUUUAUUCAGCCAGCUGACCGGCAGUGUUCAGUAGUUUUAAAACUUCUUAUCUCUCAGCAAGAAUCCAGGGCUGUUGCUUUAGUUUUCUCACCAGAACAAAUACUACAGAACGGAUGAUUUUGACUUCCUACUUACAGGACAUAAAAAGAGAAGUGAAGUUGCCGUCCUGUCCCAGAAUCUACACCAACAUGUAGCUGGAUGUUGAUUUUCUGUCAACCAGCUGACUGGUAAUGUGCAGAAACAAGUGGGGGAGGGGUAAUGCUCUCUGGUAUGUCUUCUGAAGGAGUUGGGUCCGUUUGGGGGAAAACGGCUCAUGCCUGGUGGAGAAACGCAUCUUCUACUAUUCUAGUCAUCAGAUCUGAUGAUCAGGAUGAGGAUCUGAACUUUCUCACCUUUGGGGAUGAACAUUUGAGUCCGUGAGGAACCUACGUCUCAUUUUUCUUUUGUUUUAAAAAAGACUGACUUAUAAAGAGUUUUGUCCCAACCCCUUCCCUGUACAGUAUACGGAGACGUCCGUCGCAAGUUGUCAUGACAUCCUGUGAGGUGUUGCAGUGUUACUCGUUCAUCCUAGAGAUGACGUGGCGUUGGAACGGGUUGCGUGUUGCCUUUAUGUCUGGAGGCUGUCUUUAAUUUAUAAUCCUGCUCAUAGAAAUGUUUGUAAAUGUGCUUUUUGUUUUAAUUUGAUCCCAGAAGGGAUCCGUGCUGUUUGGACAGUGUUAUUGAUUGAAGCCAUGAGUAUCUGCUCCUUUUGUUUUUGUUUCCUUCUCCAAAUUCAUCACUCUUGCACCUAAGCUACAUUAUGCAAACUGCUUGCAUGGAUCCAGAUUUGCACAUUGUUGUAAUUCUUGUUUUGUAUGUUUUACUUUUCUUCUUCUUCGUCAUGAACCAAAACACCAAGAAAAAAAAGAAGUUCUGGAUGUUCCAGGAGUAACAUUUCUAUUGUUUCUUUUGUUAUUUUAACUGUCAUGCACAUUUUUUAAAUCGACUGUUUUGCAACUUCUGGUGUACAGUUGUAUAUUGUAUGUGUACAAUAGCGUUAAAGUUAUACUACCUGGUGAAAAUGCAUGCUUGAAGCAAUUCUUCUUCAUCGUGCAGAGAGAGAAAAGGGACAGUGGAGCCGAGUUUGUUCUCAGCUGUCAGCACUUUGGUCUGGGAAGACACUGACAGGAAGAGAAGACGCCUUACUAAACACUGUGGAUCCUUCGAUUAUCCUACAAGUGCAUCUCAGUAAAUUAGGAUAUCAUUCAAGAUCGAAAGUUAAUUGGAAGGAAAAAGUGUGGCUGGGUAAGUGACGAGACUCCAACUUAGGAUUUGCCUUUUAUAAAUCUUUUCAAGAUUGCAUUUACCUUGGUUGGUUGUGAAUCUUUUACCACACUUUGUCCCUCCACUAAACUUUCCAUUAAUGUUUUGAUAGAAGCUGGCUGUUUUAAAGUGCUGUAUUACUGGACAAGUGCCUGACAGCAUUUUUCACCCUGGUUGUGGUGACAAUAACAUCUUGGUUUUAAUUAUUAAAAACUUAUUUUACUGAAUUCUUUGGAAGAGUGAUAAAUCUACUGAAAUGGUUUUUUCUCCAAUUUUUUUUUUUAUUCCUUAGCUUUUUGCGUAAGAAUUUUUCUACCACAUUUUUCCUUCCACUUAACAUGUAAUUGCCAUAAAAUUAUUCUGAGUUUAUUUCUAUUUCACUUUUUAUUUAAUAAUUACCUUUUGUGGCUUUAAGAUUUCUACACUUUUCCUUCCAAACUUCUAAAUUUCCAGAUUUUUUCAUUAUAGAUUUCUUUAUUAAAAACCGUUUUUGCUUUUAACAUUUCUUCCACAUUUUUUAUUUAAUAUUUAAAAUUUUCUGGAGGAAAAAAAAAAAAAUCAGCUUUUGAAUUGUCAAAUAUGUAGAUAUUCUAAAUGUACUGAGAUGCCCCUGUAGGUUUUGCUGAUGUAGGCUCUUUUCUUGAUGUGUGAAGAUGUACAGGACACCAAUCACUGCAUCAUGUCUGGUUUUUAUCAAAAAGUGGGGCAGGUCUCAUUUCACUGCCAGUCAUUUUACACAUUAACAUGGUUUUUCCUACCAAUAGCUGUAGAACAGGAAGUUCAUUUAGUCAUCAGCUAACUGAUGGUUAUACUUUUUAUUUGGGUCUGUUCAAAAACAGCAUGAUUUUGUUUAACAUUCUCUGUCCUGAUAAAAAAAAAAAAAAUUGUUUGCUUCUCAGCAGAUGUGAUCAUUUUUCCGACAGUUUGCAUUUCAUCUUGUUUUUAUUACAAAAUAUCUGUACAAUACAACAAAAAUACACAAUCAUUUCUUUCAACGACGAGGUGAAAAACACAAACUGCUCAAUUUAAAAAAAUAAAAUGAAAUAAACAUUUCCUAAUGAGUACCAGAGUACAGAAGUGAAUGUCUGCAACUUGUCUCUAAUGAUCGACAGUCGGGUUUCCUUCGUCAUGUUCCGUCAUCCCACCAGUUCUGGAGAAACGAGUCAACAACGAGCAAAACCCCUCGCAGGGAGAAGCACAAAACAGGGCGGCGGGUCCAAAAGCCGUGUGAGAGAAAUAUCCUACAGCCUUGCAUUACUUUGCUUUCAAAAUCUGCCUUUGGAUCACAGGCACUAUGGUGCAAAAACAGGACGCAAGUCUGGUCUUGCAACUCGGACUCGGUCAGUAAUCUUAACAUUUUAAAGCACCUCAGGACACAAUCCCCAACAAUCACAUCCUUGUUCUCACGCAGAAAAGCGUUCUCUUUCCCGCCAGCUUUAAACUUCACCCACAGGUGGAUCAAGGCAACUAGAGUAGCAUCUGGAAAUGGAUCUACUUGGUCUGUAUUAGUUGUAUUUAUACAGCAUCCCUGGUAAAGAUCAGUAUAAAGCCUUAAAAGAAACUCGUCUUUCAUUGCAGCAUCACUGGAAAAUGUUAAAUUCAUCUCAGUAGUUGGGAGGGAAAUAUUUAAUUAAGUACCAGCAUCCCAUUAGGGAUACAGGAUAGUUUUUAGCUUCAUUUGGGAACUUUUAAUUUUUUUGCUAUAUUCUUGGGGUAUAAAUAUGUUGCGACACUCUUGACUUUAAACUAAGUGAAGAAAAAUAGUUACAAGUUUUUUUUUUAGAUCUUUACAGUCAGAGCAAUAAUAAUAAAAUGUUAACACAAUUAAAAAUGAAACAAGCAAGACUUUAUCUAGUUUAACCAGAAAGCCGUUUUCUCCCCAUGAUGAUAUCUGGGAUUGUUUGAAAAACUCAACAUUUUAAUUAUAAUCUCGUGGGAGCUACUAUAAAACUCAAACUGGGUGAUUAUUGGGUUUUUCUGCAUAAUUAAUUAUCCAAAACUUAAGGUCAACAUGAAUUUUUCAAAUCAUUUUAAGGCUUUUUACUCAUUUUACCAAGGAUAAACGUCAGUUCAUGAACAUUAAACUAAAAUUUUUGAUAGGAAAUAUUUCAAUCCGAUUGUCACGUCUAAUAGAGGGUACAGUACUGAAAUCUUCUCUACCAAAGUAAAGAAUACAACAGCAGUAAAUUAUAAAGGUGUUGUGCUUUCACUGACAAAGUUACAUGAUCUGGAAAUUCCUUCAAAACAAACACAAAAAAAACAGCAUAAACAAAAACAAAAGCGCAGAAAGUUGUAGAUAACAGCUUUCUUUCUCCAUCUUGUAGUGAACGAUGGUGCAUUCAUUUACACAUCCAUGUAAAUAACUCAACUUCUACCUACAGAACCCACUAUGUAAAAAAAA